AUGGCUCCAAUCGACACAAGCAAGAAGCCAAUCGUUUGGAUACUGGGUGGUCCAGGCUCUGGUAAAGGCACGCAAUGCGACAAGAUUAUAGCCAAGUACGGCUUCACCCAUCUGUCCACUGGCGACCUGCUCCGUGCUGAGGUCAAAAGCGGCUCCGACCGCGCAAAGUGCCUUACUUCUAUCAUGGAACGAGGCGAGCUUGUCCCCAACGAGACCGUGCUGGAACUUCUGAAGGAGGCGAUCGAGGCGCGCGCAGCUGAUUCCAAAGGCUUCCUUAUCGACGGCUACCCGCGUGAAAAGUCACAGGGUAUUGCCUUCGAAAAGGCAAUCGCUCCUGUUACUGUGAUAAUCUACUUCGAGGCAUCAUGCGAGACGCUGACGAAGCGGCUGCUAGGGCGCGCGGCGAGCUCCGGGCGCGCCGACGACAACGAGGAGACUAUCAAACUCCGCCUUAAGACCUUCCUCGAUAACAAUGACCUCGUGCUCGCACAGUACCCUGACAAACUUAAGAGGAUAAACGCGGAGGCAUCCGUAGACGAGAUCUUCGGGGAAGUACAGAAAAUCCUGGACCCCAUCGUCGCCGCAGCGGCCAAUUGA